CUUCCUGCUGCUGCUCGGUGUCCGCACACCGUCCGUCUCGUCAGUGUUGAUCGGCUCACCAUGGCGGAAGGACGCAGAGAACAGUCGCCUCAUCCUCUCCUUUCGGUACCACCGGCCAGCAAGCGACCCUGCCUUCGCCCAGCACCCCGAGGUCCCGGGCCGGGGCCCGGCCACGGCAGCGGGUUGCCCAGCUCCCGGUAUCGUUCUCCCGAGUCUCUUCUGGACUGCGCUGCUAAAGCAGUAGCGGAAAAGUGGGCCUUCGAGAGAGUAGAGGAGCGCUUCGAACGGAUCCCGGAGCCCGUCCAGCGCCGCAUCGUCUACUGGUCUUUCCCCCGCAACGAAAAGGAGAUAUGCAUGUACUCUUCGUUUCAGUGCCGAGUCGCCGGAGAGGAAGGUCCAUCGGCGACUCCCGGUGGGACUGGGGGUGCUGGUUCCGGAGCUACAACCGCCGGUGGCGGUGGAGGAUCUACCGCCGGUACAACAGCUACCGUUGGUGCAGCCGGGGCAGUGGGGACGGGAGACGGACUGCCUUUCCGUCGGGGUAUCAGACUGCUAGAAACCGGUUGUGUGGAAAACGUUUUACAAGUCGGAUUUCACCUCAGCGGCACAGUGACUGAACCCGCCACAUCGUCUGAGCCGGAGGUCACCCACAAGGUAGCCAUCAGCUUCGACCGGUGCAAGAUCACCUCUGUCACCUGUGGCUGUGGGAACCGAGACAUAUUCUACUGCGCGCAUGUCGUGGCGCUCUCACUAUAUCGGAUUCGCAAGCCCGAACAGGUGAAGCUACGGCUGCCUAUCUCAGAGACUUUGUUCCAGAUGAACAGAGAUCAACUACAGAAGCUGGUGCAGUAUCUGAUCACAGCCCACCACACCGAGGUGCUGCCCACUGCUCAGAAACUGGCCGAUGAGAUUCUCUCUUCCAACUCUGAGAUCAACCAGGUCCAUGGUGCCCCGGACCCAACUGCAGGCGCCAGCAUUGAUGAUGAUAACUGCUGGCAUCUGGAUGAAGAUCAAGUCAGGGAGCAAGUCAAGCAGUUUCUGUCGCAGGGAGGUUACUACGGCUCUGGGAAACAGCUCAACUCCAUGUUCGCUAAGGUGCGAGAGAUGCUGCGAAUGCGGGACUCCAACGGUGCCCGAAUGCUAACGCUCAUAACGGAACAAUUCAUGGCAGACCCCCGACUGUCACUAUGGAGACAACAAGGCACAGGCAUGACGGACAAGUGCAGGCAGCUCUGGGAUGAGUUGGGUGCAUUGUGGGUGUGUGUGGUGCUAAAUCCUCACUGUAAAAGCGAAGAGAAGAGUGGUUGGUUGAAGCAGCUGAAGAAGUGGGGGGACAUGGACAUCUGCCCACUGGAGGACGGCAACUAUGGCAGCGAACUUCCCAACAUUACCAACGCUCUGCCGCAGAGCAACCUCGCCCAGGACUCUCUGUCCAGGCCGCGGAGGACUGUGUUCAGUCGGGCUGUCGAGGCCUGCGACCUCCACUGGCAGGACAGCCACCUGCAGAGGAUCAUUAGUAGCGACUACUACAUGUCUCCGUCCUACCAAAGAGAAGGGGAGAGCCUGCUGUUCAGCCCGCAGGGCCUGCCACUCUGGCUAGACCACGUCCCAACGGCAUGUGCUCGCGUCGACGCCUUGCGCUCACACGGUUAUUCCAGAGAAGCCCUGCGAUUGGCCGUCGCCAUCAUCAACACCCUCCGCCUACAACAGCAGAGGCAGAUGGAUAUCUACAAACACCAAAAGAAAGAACUUCUCCAGAGGGGUGUUACCUCCACCACUAACCUGGAAGGCUGGGUGGGCCAUCCGUUAGACCCGAUUGGCUGCCUGUUUAUCACGCUCACAGAAACGUGCCGUGUUGAUGACGACAACACCAUGGACACUGGAGACUGUGACCCCAGACCUCCACUUUACCAUCAUGUGCCAGUGUGGGGCAGUCCAGAUGCAGGGGAGUCCUACUUGACUCUGGCCUUAGAGGUGGCUCUGAUGGGUAUGGGUCAGCAGAGGAUCAUGCCCGAGGGACUGUAUGCCCAGGAUAAGGUGUGUCGUAAUGAGGAGCAGAUUGUUGCAAAGCUUCAGGAACUGGAGCUGGACGAUCUAUUGGUUCAGACCCUCCGGAAGCAGGCCAUACAGCUACUAGAAGCUGGCCCAUUCAGCGGUCUGGGUGAGGUCAUCCACAGGGAAAGCGUUCCAAUGCACACCUUCGCCAAGUACCUGUUCUCUGCCCUGCUGCCGCAUGACGCAGACCUGGCUUAUAAAGUGGCUCUCCGCGCCAUGAGGUUGCCGGUUCUGGAGUCAUCGGCGGGCUCCGGGGAUGUCGGGCACCCUCAUCACGGUAUCUCCAUAGUUCCGAGCAGAUACCCACGCUGGUUCACACUGGGCCACCUGGAGUCACAGCAGUGUGAGCUGGCUUCAACCAUGCUCACUGCUGCUAAAGGCGACAUGUUGAGAUUGCGGACGGUGCUGGAGGCCAUCCAGAAAAACAUCCACUCCUCUUCCUUAAUCUUCAAACUGGCCCAAGACGCCUUUAAGAUAGCGACACCCGCAGAGAGCCCACCCGAUAUAACCCUGCUCAACGUGGCGCUGGAGCUAGGACUGCAGGUGAUGAGGAUGACUCUGUCCACUCUGAACUGGAGGAGGAGAGAGAUGGUUCGCUGGCUGGUAACCUGCGCCACUGAAGUCGGUCUGCGGGCGCUGGUGAGCAUCUUACAAAGCUGGUAUACUCUGUUCACGCCCACUGAAGCCACCAGCAUCGUGGCGGCCACCGUCAUGUCCCAUAACACCAUCCUGCGCCUCAGCCUCGACUACCCCCAGCGGGAGGAGCUUGCAAGCUGCGCAAGGACCUUGGCCCUGCAGUGUGCCAUGAAGGACCCCCAGAACUGCGCCCUGUCAGCUCUGACGCUCUGCGAGAAGGACCACAUCGCCUUCGAGACGGCCUACCAGAUCGUGAUCGACGCGGCGUCGACGGGCAUGACCUACUCGCAGCUGUUUACCAUUGCGAGGUACAUGGAGCACAGAGGAUACCCCCUGCGGUCGUUCAAGCUGGCCUCGCUGGCCAUGACGCAUCUCAACCUGGCCUACAACCAAGAUACUCACCCAGCUAUUAACGACGUGCUGUGGGCCUGUGCGCUCAGCCACUCGCUAGGGAAGAAUGAGCUUGCGGCUAUUAUUCCGCUGGUGGUGAAGAGCGUGCACUGCGCCACGGUGUUGUCUGACAUUCUACGGCGGUGCACUAUGACUGCGCCGGGUCUCGCUGGAAUUCCUGGGAGAAGGAACUCUGGGAAGCUGAUGUCCACGGAUAAGGCACCGCUGCGCCAGCUCCUGGACGCCACGAUCUCGGCGUAUAUCAACACCACGCACUCUCGGCUGACGCACAUCAGUCCACGGCACUAUGGGGAGUUCAUAGAGUUCCUGAGCAAAGCGCGGGAGACUUUUCUGCUGGCACAGGACGGACACAUUCAGUUCGCCCAGUUCAUAGACAACCUGAAACAGAUCUACAAGGGCAAGAAGAAACUGAUGAUGUUGGUCAGGGAGCGCUUCGGCUGACCUUACUGACCUUCUCUCACAGAGACCCUCUUCUUGGGGGAAGCAGUUACACUUCUGUGUUUCUAAUUUAAGUUUUAUUUCUUUUUAUUUUCACGUAUUUUGAGCCAUUUGCUGACUGAGGUUUUAUCCUGUUGUUCUCUUUCUUGAAUGUGAACCAGGAAGUGUUCGCAGUACAUUGCUCUACUUCAUUAAGACUGCAAAAGGGGGGAAAAGGUUUGAAAUGUCAACUAAGCAACUAGAAAAACAAAGCAUUUUGCCCCCCGACUAAUGUUAAAUUUAGUGUUUAAAAAAAGGAAAAAAGUCAAAAGAAUGUGAUUGCAAAAGCAAAACAAACUUUAGUUUUGUGGGGGGUACAUGAUGAUAUGAAAACCAAAUGAUUUAGCUGUAUGUACUGUUGAGCCAGAAGAUGCUUUCAGCUGGGGUUAAGAAGAAGGAGAGGUUUUCAGAGUGGAAGAAGCAUGUUAUUCCAAAAAAAAAAUCCACUGAGGUCAAAAACACACAUAGUGUUAUUGUCAUACCUCGACUGUACUGUCAGCUUUAACUUCUUGAUCAGAAAUGGCCUCUUUGUUUCAUUCAGGGCAUUUUAGAGUAGAGAGGGCAGAAUACAGAACUCCCCAUGUGGUCUCUCUGUGGGGGAAGUCGGUACCUGCAGAUUUAAAAACCUUCACCUGCUGGUUUCUGACAAAUAUCUAAAAUAGGAAGUCCAACGAUGCUUCACAGGGUGUGUGUUUUUAAAUCCAGACGUCUGACAGUGAUGUUCAGGCUGCUGCUUUAGCUAAGGUAGGGUAGUCGAGUCUCUAUAUAUAAAUACAGUAUAUCUGUUAUGCCCUCCUAUAAGCUUAUUUACAGUCACAAAAUACAACUGUGAGAACCGGUGGAGUCUCAACCACUGCACUGCUCUUCAGCUAUUUGUGGCCAAAACCUUUUAAACGUGCAAGACUCCAGCACCCACUUUACCAUCACUACAUUGAGAUUUAGUCAGCAAGCAAUAUAAAUCAAGCCUCUGCUUCGUUUUUAUCACUAAAAACAAGUUCACUUUCUGGUGUUGUGCAAAGAAGCGUUGGAACCUGUUGGAGCCUUGUUAAUUUCACUGACUGUUAGUUCUGCAUGUCGCCGAAGUCCCUUUUCCAUCACAAGAACUGGAAAUCAGAUGCAUUACCUCAAAGGAAUGCAUCCUCAGCUGGUUCAUGAUGCUGGCUCAGUAAUCAUUAAAACCACAGAAUGAAGUUUGAGUUUUGUGGUCAUGUGUCUUAACCAACAUAAAGUGCAUUUCUUGUAGAUGUCACCAUGCUAGUUUUGCUUAGUUGGGCUUAGAAACAUCUGCAAAUGUUUCCUUUGGCAUCACGUCUCAUUGUGAAAUUUGGCUUAGCAAUUGGUUUUUAACUGCGAUCAUUUCAGCUCACUAUUUAAAUGGGUUUAGUCACCAGAACCACCUGUUUAGGAUUAGGUGAACAUUGUGGUCUGGGUUCAGAUACCUCCACUAACAACAGAUUCCACUUUGAAACAAAAUACUAAAGUGUAGUGUAGUGUAGUGACAUGUUGUAGUAAGAAAACGUCUCACAUUAUUCAUUAAUUAACAUACAGUUUAAUUUAUGCAUACAGUAAAUGUGACAUGCCUGCAAUGACUAUGUCUACACAGAGCCGCCAGAGUGUCACUUUAUCAGAAACUAGCAGUGUUAUUUAUGACAAAUUUGAAAGGGACUUUAAAUGGGGUUUGAAAAAUAAUGAAAAUUCAAUACAAUUUAGCCAAGUGGGUGGGGGGAUCCAUCCAUCCAUCCAUGCAGUUUCAUAACAACUUGUCCACUUCAGGUUUGCCGGGUUGCUUGAGCAUAUCCCCGCUGUCAUGAGUGAUAGAUGGGGCACACCCUGGACAGGUCGCACUCAAAUUCACACUAACUGCUCAGAAUGACCAAUUAAUGUCUUUGGACUGUGGGAGGAAGCCACACCACCCAGAGAGAACCCAGGCAACAGAGAACACAUAUAAUGUGCUACUGUCAGUGUGCUGUUAGCUUAUUAUUGCUGCUUAAUGAUAAAGAGAUUUCAAUAAUUGUAUAAAAUUUUAUGAUUAUAUAUAAUAUUUAACCAGAUGUGACCCUCUUUGGAUAAGAGCAGGAAGUUGCUUAUGCUAGCGCUGGCUAGCUAGCUUGGUUUAGCGGCAUGCAUUCAUUAAAAUGAAAACAAAAUCUACUCCCCAGAAUCUUUUAGUCCAAGCAAAAAAAAAAAAAGAGAGAAAAGACUAGAGCAGGAACAAACUAAUUUUAAAUGUAAUAUUUGGCUUGUUGGGUAUUUUAUCGUGGAACUGCAGUUUGUUGCCCCACUGCGUUGGCGUCAUUAGUUAGCUUUGUUUUUAACUUACUCUGCUGGUCCCACAUGGACAAAAAAAGGUAUUCAAGUAGCGUGUUCAGAACCACUGAAAACCUAAAUAAACAAAUAAAUAAAUUAAAAAGACAUAAAUGUAAAAUGUUAAAUAUCAGGUGAGCAGCAGUAAAUAGACUAGCCCCGUCAUGUUUCCUUCAGUUUCUCGGUCUUGUGAUGGAAAAGACGCAAAGUCACCUGUGAAAGCUGCUGGUCAUGAUCAUCAUCAACAGUGAAGAUGAGUCCUCCUUGACUUUCUCACAGGGCUGCAGUGCAAACUCAAAGACUACAGUUUACUUGAUGACUUCAUUGUAUGUAUUUGAGACCACAUAUCUUGGCACAGGAAGCCAUUUUCUCUUUAUGGGGGAUCUCCACGCCCCCUUUUUCUUACCCAGUGGCAAAGUGUUGUUGUUAACGGCAGUAAUGCAGUACAGAAAGAGCUUGAAUCUUUUACUGGUCAGACUUAAUGUCAUCGUUUAAAGCACUUCACACGAAUACCUCUUCAGUGCGUUCCUGCCUGCUUCAGCAUUUAUUUAUUGGUAGAACACUUUUUGAAUGGAGGAACAUUUUCCUGUCUGCUUUUACAUUCCACAAGAGCUACCUUCACCCAAAACCUGGGUAGUCAGUCACAACUCUGGGCCUUUACUUUCUUUCUCUCUGUCUUUUUUUUGUUUUGUUUGUUUUUGUUUUUUGGAUCUGAAGAAAUGCAGAUAGAAGAAUGGGAAUGGAAAAAAAGGAAAACUGAGCAAAAAGAAGAGAGGCUAAACUCAGUUCUCAGGGACACCACUUAAAGAAACAAAACAAAAAGUAGUAGCAUUUAGCAUUUAAGAUAUUGUAAAUACUAAAGUGUCAAUUCAGAAAAUUGUAAAGUUAUAAUUAUUUAUGAUAAGUAUGUUAUGGUUUUGUUCUUUGUUUUUAUGAUUUUGACGGGGUGUACUUGAAUUGUUUUGGACAGGGGUGUUUGACAGCUUUUUUCUUUUUUCUUUUUUUUUGUAAGAGCAAAGACUUCAAGGCAUUUCUCAGGUGCUCCUGUGUACAUUUCUUUCAGUUUUUGUUUUUUGGCUUUUUUUUUUUUUUUUUGCUUUUUUUUGCAAUAAUAACUAUUAUUAUUUGUAUUUUAUAGAAGAUGGGGGGAGGGGGGUGUUUUCCAAAAGUGAGCAUGUUAUUUGAAGUUGCGUAAAAUGAGGAAGGCAUUCAUUUGUAAACGGAUUCUUACUAAACCUGACUAUGCAGAACCACUUCGAUGGUGUUGUCCCCUCUUAAAUAUACCCCCUUAAAACUGAGUGCAGAGACCCAGUGGGUUGAACCACUAUUAAUGAGGACGGGGGUGUUGCGAACGAAAAGGAGACCCUUCAUGCUUGUAUUUGGACAGUGCACAGUGGCCGGCCUGUUUCCGCUGCAACGUUUAGAGGAGACGAAAAAGCGAAAGACGGUGGAAAAUGCCUUUCUGGUCGAUCAAUGUACAAAAGUUGUUAAUUUUUUAUUUGUUUUGUUUGUUUGUUGGUUUUCUUUAAUCAGGACUAAAGCCUUCAGUGUCUUCUCAGAGGUGUCGUAUUGUGCGGCAACACUGUGGUGAGACGAAACGAUACGCAAAUGUCUAGAAACGGCAACUGUAUGAACAAAAAAAGAGACGGCCUGUGGAUGACCUCGUGCUCAUUCCUUUUAACUUUUUUUAAAUUGCUUUCUCCUUUUCACCUCAUUAAACUGGCUGAGUUCAGGUCUUCUAUAGUUUUGUUUUCCCCUGAUGUUCUUGAACACCUCGAUCCCUCUCGCACAAGGAGGACGUUGGAUUUAAAGCCAGUUGCGUUUAAGUGCGACUAUCCUGAAACACGUUGACAUCAGUGCGCUACAGUAGCUUGCAGAGAACGAAAUAAAGCUGCGAGGUUUCUACAUAAUGAGGAUAAUGAAAUGAUACAUUGAUUUUUAUUUAUUUUAUUUUUUUUGAUAAUAUAUGAGGAAAAUAAUUUUGCCGGGGAGCUCCAGUCGGCUGCCUUUAUGUGAUGCAUUCACUGACAGCAUUGCAACAAAGUUUUCCUUGCUUUUCUUUUCCUUCUUUAUUAACUAACUCAGCCAGUUCCUGGGCGUUUUUCUUUGUUGUCCCCGUCUGUCUUUGGUUUGUAGGAUAAGUACUGUUUGCUGGUAGAGAUCUAGUUCACCUACUGUUUUCCCAGUUUUUGUUUUUGAAUUCUUUCCAACUUAAGGGAUAUUUGAAAGUGUUUGUUGCCUCUUUGUGCUACUGAUUAUGAAAAGGUAUCUCCAGUAUUUGUUGCCACAGAAGUAUCAUAGCUUAUCAUCAACACCUUUUCUUUUUUUGUAAUUUUUUUUGUUUUUUGUGCGACUUCUUGAGCUACUGUCUAUAAAGCGAGAAUUUAUUACUAUUUAUGUAACGCUACUACCAUUUUAUAUUGAUUUGUGUUGGAAUCUCAGUGCUUUUCUAUGAAUAAAGUGUGA